UUUAGAAGAGAAGAGAAGAUCGUCUCGAUUUGUAUAAGUACAUUAGUCGUAUGUUGAUCGAUUUUUUUAAAUGCCUGACCUAACAUUAUUUUGAAUAAGCUUUGAUGAAAAUACGAAUAUAGGGGUUUUAGUAUGAUGUAUUUUUGAUCUGAAGAAUAUCUAGGUAAGUGAUUAAAAAACGGUUAUUUCUUCGCAGUCAUCUGGGCAUGGAGUCCAAGUACCAAACUAGUACCUCCGUCAGCAAUAAUCCCAUGCCAUCGUAGAACUGAAAAUACAGAAAGUUGAUAAUUACAUAUUCAAUGAGUUAGGUACUUACUUUUUGCAACACUAUUUCGCUGUUUCAUUCAAUUAUCAAACAAAGUGUUUUUGCUUCAAAUUUUAUUGUCCUUGAAAGGUCUUUCUCAAAACGUAUGCGGCCUCCAUCUGGUAUGGUCUUUCGUAACACAUCCAUUCGCCAUCUAAUUCUUACACUAUUUAUACUUGAUUGCUGAUUUAAGUGCAUAAAUUUUAACAUUGGGAUGCCAAAAAUCAAUGCUCCAACUCGAUGUUUGGUAUGUGGUAGAGGAGCAAGAGGAUUUCCUUACGAUGUAAUUUCUUGCAAAGAUUGCAAAACAUUUUUCCGGAGAAUGUGUAUAUCAAAAUCCAAAAUUAAAUGUUACAUGGCUGGUAAUUGUUUUAAUUUAAGCAAAGGAUAACCUAAUUUAAGAUGUAGAGCUUGUCGAUUUCAAAAGUGCGCUGACGUUGAAAGGAAUCAUUGCAAUAAGAUGAGCUGACAUAUUUGGAGUUGCAACUAAAAGAAUAUCGAUCCUCAGCAUACAAACCACAAUGGCAAAUUUACCACCAUUGACAAGCAUGCAAAACACUCAAAAUAAUCAAUUAAGUUUUUCACCUGACAGGAAACUUUGGGUUUUGUGUAAUUUACUCAUGAUAAUUGAUUAUAUUAAGACAUUCAGUUAUUUCAACAAACUUUCAACUCAAGACCAGCUUAUUCUAACACGACACGUGUUAUUGAAAUGCAAAAAUUUGCAUACUUCCAAUUAUACGAUGUACCGGGAUUAUCACAUCAUGCGCAAGCUAUAUUGGCCAAAGAACGCACUCGGUUCGUGAACACCCUUUUCGACCUGUGUAUCCGGUCAGGAAAAAACGGACCCGGCCGCUUCGCAGAACUAAUUGACAUUUUCUCUCUGUUAGAAAACCAGCAAAUGAUUCAAAAAGACAUGUACUUAUUAAACUAUGUUCCAUUUUUAUCUGCAUCUGUGAAAUAUAACAUUCAGCUUCUUCAUGACAUAAUGGAAUUUUAAAUGCAAAGUCACAUCGUGUUAAUAAAAAUGUAAUAUUUGUUC